AUUAAAUAAUAUUAUUCGUGAUCAGCUUAUAUAUGCAAAGACAACACCGCAAUUUUGAAUCUGGCAACCUCGACAGCUACCCAGCUCAACAGCUUGCGAACAAUGUACACUUAGCUCGUUCGCACCCUGCAACCCGUUGACAGAACCUACGUGGGCGUAGUUCAGCGGAGGGCUUGAAGCUGGCCCACCUAGGGAUGGAGCCCUUUAAUAAUCCUCUAGCGCUGCGCCUUGUCAGCCAGGGGCAUGGCGACGUGGUGCAGCAGCUGCUGUCGCCUGAAAGAUCACUCAAUCGCGCCAGUGGUCAGACUCUCAGGACGUGUGCCUCAAGCGCAGCGUCGAGUCCCUGCAGCCCAGCCAGCAUCUGCAGUGCCACUCGGCUAACCAACUAUGGGGCCGAUAUGAAUCGUGACUUCGACGUGCUCAGCCGCUUUGAAGACAAACUGGGCCGCGAGGUUGAACAUCAGGAGCUUCAAGCUGCCAUUGCGAACUUCAUCCUGGUGCACGGUCAUGUGCCGAGCAUUAGGCAGCUGGCCUUAGAACUCAUGGAGGAUGUUGAUGCAGAAACGGACACAGGCAAUGGCUCUGAGGGGGGUUGGAUGAGCCACCGCGAGGCCUCCCCCCCUGCCGAGAUGGAGCAGCUCUACAAGUUGCAAGCAGCCUGUAGCUUACCGGCAACUGUCCUGUUGGAAGAGCCCAUCCAUGAAGGCUCCAACAAGUCGCCCCACUCUAGCGGCUCGCAGCCAAUGCGACUGCUGGAUAAACUGGCGCAUCGCGCCAGCCCAUUUCCGCGCGCAGCACCAAGCCCAAGCCGAUUUUCGGGCGUGGGCGUUUCAUCUUCCAAAGAUGCUACGCCCCUCGGGCCUAGGCGUGAGCUGCGGUGGCCUUCAACUGGAGGCUUUGAGCCGCAGGAAGUUUCGCAGCACGAGGAUCAGCAGCACAACGUUUCGUUGGGCGUACCCGUCGACGCUGAUAAAGCGGAUUCCGUCUGCGCUACGCCGCCAUCCGCAUCACGGCCUUUCGUGCCUGGUCUGAACCUGUUCGGCGUUAAGAAGAGGUCACCCAACUCUCGGGGGGGAGCUGGGCCCGCUGCCGCCGGUGCAACCGCAGCGUCCGCCUCUGCUCAGGCUGACGACGCCGUGGCGAAGGCAGUCACUCAACCCCUGGACACCAGUCGAGGCUCACCGACCGAGAUCCUGCGCAUGCUCCUGCCCAGCGUCUGCAAGCCUCGUGCGAGCUCCGCUGGCGGCGCUCUUGGCGGAGGGCAAGGCCGGGGCCUUUGCGGCGGGCCCUAUGCUCUUGCGCAAGCUCAGCAUGCUGGUAUACUCGCUGGCUUGGCUGCAGUAGCAACCACUGCCGAGUCCAACGCGCAGCUGGGGGUCGAUGAGCGUGUGCCAAGCUUUCGGGUGUCCAUGGAUGACGUGGACCAGCUCCAAACAGGGCCCCGCAGAGCUAUGCCUAGCGUCGUUGAUUGCGCUACACCGAGCGUCUGCAGCGCUAGCAAGGGCGUCCCCGUCGUUACGCCAGAUACGCGGCAGACGCCGGGGUCUCGCGGUCGGCGCCAGGAUCAGCACCACCACCUCAGCCAUGAGAAGGGGCUGGCGACAGAAGGCGUCCACACCCCGGCAGCGCUUUCAUCCAUUAAGCGUUUCCCGCUUGCGGAGGUGCCCAGCGCUAGCCGCCAAUCAGCAGGCGGUCGUGCAGAUGCGCAUAACGAUCGCGACGCUAACAGCUCGCGUACAGACUGUGAGCCACGAAAAGACACGCCAGGAAAGGCUGCUGCGUCGGCUGGAGCAGCCGCCGCGCCUGUGAUUGCUGUAAACGUAAGCGGUACACCAGUUCAGCGCACGCCGCAAGACGAGAAGCACGCCAACGAUGCCGCCCGGAGCCUGACGCCGGUGUCGGCGACUUCGCAGGGGGGCCGUACGGAGCAGCGGCGCCAGUCACCUGGUUUGCGUGCGGUCCCGCAACUUCGCUUGCCCACGCUGGUCAUGCCACCGUCGACCGGUCCGCGCAUCAGUGCCCGGGGAGGGCCUAGGCCCGGUUGCGUUGGCGGCACCACGGCACGCCUUACCAGCCGGGUCCCCGCGCUGCCUCUACCACCGGCGGUGGCGGGUCAGCAGGCAGGGCAGCAUGGCCCUCUUCCAACGGGAGCCCGCACAAGGCGUCGGUCUGCAUGCCUGCCGUCUGCGAGGCACCAUGGCCCUGGCAACCUCACAGUGCGCCGCAUGGCAGCUGUCGCAACAUCCGGCUUGACGUCACACGCGCUGGGCACGGUCUUUUGGGCCGAGUCAGAAGACGAUAUGGAGGACUAUGACAGCGACUAUGAGGGUUCCGACGGGGACUACGAUGAGUUUGCCGAGGACAUGUAUCAGCUUGCUGACAUUGGUUUCGGCAUUAUUGAUGAGGGCUUGGAGGACGCCACAUCAGAUGCCUCGUACGUCUUCACUACUGCAGCUGUGGCAGCUAGCGAGGACGUGGCAGCUCGCGCUGGCGCAGCUCUUCCCAGCCCCAUUCCUACCGGCACGCCGGUUGCGCAGAGCGGUCGGCGUAACUCGCGCCGUUCUGGGCGCGGUGGCAGGUUUCGGCGCUCCACUGCUACUGCAGAUGACAGCGAUGACGACCCAGACAGCUGUGACCUGAUGCUACCUGAGGAGCUUUGGGAUGCCUGGGAGCGGCUAAGCGAUGGACCCAAGGGUCGGCAGUACCGGCUCCUUGAGUCCUUGACCCACGUGGAACGCAUCACCUGUACCUCCUACUCAAGUGUGUACAAGGCGUGCAACCAAGGCCAGCCCGUGGUGGUCAAGAUCUACGACGUGGCGGAGCGAGACAAGUUGGCCAACGCCUUUGCCGAGAUUGGCGUGCUUCUCCACCUGGCAGGAUGGCAGGGUGCCGUACGACUGCUGGACUAUGGACGCCACGAGGACAAGGUGAUGCUCAUGCUGGAGAGCUGCGACCACAGCCUCAAGGAUUGGUGCGACAGCCAGCGCUUCGAUGUCGCCACAGGGCCCGAGUACAUCCUGGAAUGCCUUAGGCUGUGGUGCACCCUGGCGCAGCUGCUUGCGGAGUUACAUGAGCGCUGGCACGUGGCCCACUGCGACCUGAAACCCGGCAACGUCCUGCUUUCGGCUGGGCGGCUGCUGCUGGCGGACUUUUCGGAGAGCAUGCUCUUCAACGGAACACCGUUGCUGCUUGACCAGGCCAGGGGAACCGUGUCGUACCAGCCACCGGAAAUGGUGCACGGACACUGCGUGGAUGCCCGCAAGGCGGAUGUCUGGGCCAUGGGCUGCAUCCUGUACGAGAUUGUGACCGGCGAGCUGCUGUUCAAGGGCAACAGUGAUUGCAUGCGCGCCGUUGCGGCUGGCAGCGCCGCAGCCGCCCGACAGCUCCUAAACUACCACAGACGCAGCCGAGGCGGCGGCUUGGGCGUCCGAAGCAGUUCCGGCAGUCUGCGCCAGGCGCUGCAGUCGCAGCAGCAUCCCGCGACCAGCGCACCAGCCGCUGCCGCAGCUGCGCUAUCAGCUGCGGCUGAGCGGCAACAACAGGUUACGGAAGCGGCGCCGCCUGGCGGAGAACCAGCCACGGCGGCUACAUGGGAGGCGCCGAUCGUCGGCAAGGGGCCGCCGCCGCUGGCUCCAACACCGACACCAGGCCCUCGCGUCCCGAGGCUUCCCCUGGGUCUGGCCCGCCCGCCCGUGCCCUCCUUGCCAUCCGUGCGCUCGCAGCGCCAGCAGCCACCGGGCCCGCCGCCCAGCCACCCACCUGUCCCGCAGCUUACGCUACAACUCCCGCCGCAUCCCAUGCUGUCGACGCGGUCCAACCGCUCCACUUCCAUGGCUGUGUCAUGUCGUAGCCAGGACGUCUCCACGGCCAGGCAUGGCGGGGACGAGCCCCCGGUGUCAUCCCGGAUGUCGGAGAUGUGGCCCGGGCAGUUUGCUCUCAACACCGCGCCCAACACGGCCCGCAGCACCGCUCGCAACACCGCGCGGAGCUUCAUGCCGUACGACACCGCCCGAAGUAUCGCCAGUACCACUGCCGCCGUUUGGCCACCCGUGCCCCCUCCUUCCGCCGGGUCGGCUCGCAGCGUGGCCGAUAGCGAAUGGACCCUAGCCGUGACUGCUGCUGCCCCGGUUGCUCCCGGCUGCAAUGGCGGCGGCGGAGGCGGCAUGUCUGCCCGCGGCGGCGCCAGCUACCGAGGCUGCAGCGGCGGCAGCGGCUGUGACAACGAGAAUGGAAGCGGCAUGGGCGGUGCUGCUCCUGCUGCCAUGCCCUUGCCGCCGCACCGCCGUCUGCGCCACUCCGUGGCCACGCAAUGCGCUGACCCAGCGGGGCCCGACUGGCUUACCACGGAGGAGGCUGACCGCAUGCGUAUCAUGUGCGACGAGCCCCCAUCCUUUGUGUCGCUUAACAACGUUGGCGCCGCAGCUGCUGCCUCCUCCUACAGCGGUCUGCGCCAGCACCGGGACUACAGCGAUGACAUUGACGACUUUGGUAGCAGCAACGCCACCAGCAGCAGCAGCAGCGGCGGCGGCUGGAGUGACCGCGACCGUGACGAGGCCGCAAGCGCUGGUGCCGGCGCGUCGGUGCCGGGAGAUGAGGCGUACAAGCCACGGCUACUCUCCGGUGCAGACGGGCCAAGCCUGUGCGACGACGUGCUGGGGCUCAUGCGUUCCUUGCUGGUGGAGGACCACGUGCGGCCCAACAUGCGUCAGGUGGCCACCAUGGCUGCUGAGGUGCUGCGCAGGCACACCUGCCCCACGCCCGCCGAGCCGCACAGCGAGGAAGCGGAAUCCUCCCUUGUACCCAUUGCCAACCGCAACGCAACCACCGCCGCCGUGGACCAUCCAAGCGGUGCGGCGAGCGGCGGGCACGGCGACAAGGCCGUGGUCCAAGUGGAGUCUAGCAGCGCUAACGAGGAUACGACUGAGGAGGAGGAAGAGGAGGUGCUGGGGAAGCAAUCUCGGCCGCCGGUGUUGCCGCCGCUGAACCUGCUGUUAGACUCGAUGCAGCUGGAGCUGUCGUCGGAUGACGUUGCAUCUGCUGGUGACGGUUCGACGGUUCGUUCGCCGGCUGACGUCGGCGGGAAGAGGCCGAUUGCCGGGAUGUCCAACCGUUCCGUCAUGCAGGCGGAAAGCGAGCGGGACGAAAGCAGCCCGGGCGACGGGAGCACCACUGUCAAGAGUUCGGUUGGCGCCGGGCCUGCUGCCGUCAGCCUGUUUGAGGUGUGCCAGCCGUUGCAAACCGCCCGACCCUCCCGCCCGGCGGCCCGGGGCUGGCAGGGCUUCUUCAAAAUGCUCUUUUAAGGCCGCAGGCAUUGAGGAUGACAUGGCGCGGUGUACAAUAGAGCUAUAGAGGGAGGGCACCGUGAGCAGCAGCGUACUACCGGGCAGCAGCAAAGUGCGCGGGAGGCGGGGUGUACUUGUAUGGAUGAGGCAGCGAGGCGCAGGGGUUGGUAAUACGGCUGGAACAGAUUAGAUGAGGGCGGGCAUGUGGUCGAGGGGUGUAUUGUGGCAGUCAUAGCAUGCUUUGGCGUGGUUUCGACCCAUGCGGCAAUAUUUAUGCUGGUGCGACCCUUGAUCUUACAAAUAUGAAUUCGGACGCUGUCCUAUUUUAGAGAACAUGGAACGCUGUUUGGCUGUGGCUACACCAUGAGACCGAUGGCGAAUUUAAUGCGCAAGGCAGCAAGGUGAUAAAUACAUAUCAAGCCCUACCAGAUUGUAGGGUGAGCACAGUGGGGACGGCGCAGAGUGAGCAGUGCAGACGUUGGGGCGAUCCGUUACCGAAAGCAACCCCCCCAAGGGACUUGACAUGAGUCUUGACCGCUGAAGACCGCUUGUAUGGCGUUAACCGCACUAUUGACAUAAUAUUUGUAGGGGCCGAACAUGGCAGUGCCAGGAGGCACUGAGUGAUACCAGACGAUGGAAGCCUCGGCAGGCGUGGGCAGGAUGGUGUUGGGGUAGGGGCCUGUGUCGA